AUGGUGUUUAAUGAUUUCUUCAGUCUGAACUACCUUCACAGCCCCCAUCCAGGAGACUUGAUUGAAGUGUUCCAUCCUGGCUAUCAACACUGGGCGCUGUACUUGGGUGAUGGCUAUGUUAUCAACAUAGCACCUAUAGAUGACGUUCCUUCAUCAUUUACAAGCGCCAAGUCUUUGUUCAGCACAAAGGCUUUGGUGAAGAUGCAGCUCUUGAAGGAUGUUGUGGGAAAUGACACAUACAGAAUAAAUAAUAAAUACAAUAAAGCAUACCCUCCUCUCCCUGUGGAGGAAGUUAUUCAGUGGUCAGAGUUCGUUACUGGACAGGAGGUAGCUUAUGAUUUACUGUUCAACAACUGUGAGCAUUUUGUGACUUUGCUUCACUGUGGAGAAAGAGUGUCAGACCAGGCCAACCGAGCAAUAAGUACCAUUGGAUUGGUGGUGGGCUUCACAUUUCUGGGCAUGUUUCCAAAAAGACAAAGAACAAAAUACUGUUAA